AGAAAAGAAGAGAGUGGAAUACAUUAAGGCUUAAGAAAACAAUGUGGUUGAAGUGAGUGUAUUUAACUUGGUUGUUAAGUCCUCGUCUUCCCUCUGAUCUGCAUCUGCAGCUGUUCUAGUUUCAUUUUAGUUCCAAACUGCAAAGCAAAAGUGCAAUGAGGCUAUUCCGCUUCGCUCUGCUUCUCUCCCUCACCGUUUCUUCCACUCUCUUCUGCAUUCACCCUGUUCAAUGCGACCACGGUGAGGAAGAUGAGCUUUUUCUGGAAAUCAACAAGUACCGGGCAUCAUUGAACUUGACAACUCUGACCAAGAAUGAAAAUGCCAAUUGCUUGGCAAAUGAAAUGGCGGACCAAUUUAAGGAUCAACCCUGCACAAAUAGCACAGGUGCUAAUACAGUACCAGGGACAGAGCCUCAGUUCCCCAACUAUCCACAACAUCUAAGAAAAUGCCACUUAAAUGUUUCCAACACAAGGGAUGGAUCCGUAAUGCCUGCUUGUGUGCCUGGCCUAGUCCCCAGCCUUGUCCUCGACAAUUUCACUCGAUCUCUCUACUCCGGCAAUCUCAACGACUCAAAGUAUACUGGAAUAGGAAUUGGCUCCGAAGAUGACUGGAUUGUUGUUGUACUCACAACUAACACUUCUGAAGGAAGCUUUGUUCCUGGGACAGAUGACAACAGUAGUGCCAAUAUCAUUUCUAAAUUUCAAUUCAUUUACUUUAUAGUGCUCUUUUUAGCUGCUAGCUUUUUCUUGUGAUGAACGAGAGGAUGCUGUUCAUAUGCUACCACCAUCAAGAUCCUAUUAAUCUCAUGUGAAAAUAUUGCUUUUUGUUCCAGCAUUGUGCAAUGCUAGACAGGAGGGCUAGAUCUAGAUUAGCGCUUUGUUAUCAUUGUCAUUAAGAUUUCUUUCUUAGGUUUGGAAUAUUAUUUACAUUUGCCAAAUCAGAAUACAUGGCAAUAAAUUGUACCAUUGAUAGUACUUUAAUUUUAAA